AUGUCCUCUAUUCACAAGGUUCUGGCUGGCAAGUCCUCCGGAAAGUCCUCCAAAGAUGAAAAGCCUUUCAUGAACAAACAGCGUACGCUUCUGAUCUCGUCGAGAGGUGUCACUUACAGACACAGACAUCUAAUCCAGGAUCUUCACAGCUUGUUGCCUCAAUCGCGCAAGGAACCCAAGCUUGAUACAAAAAAAGACUUGGGACAGCUGAACGAAAUUGCUGAGCUGUACAACUGUAACAACGUGGUCUUCUUUGAAGCACGUAAGCACCAAGAUUUGUACAUGUGGCUAUCCAAGCCCCCCAACGGGCCAACAAUCAAGUUCUACCUUCAAAACCUGCACACUAUGGAUGAGCUCAACUUUACCGGUAACUGCCUAAAGGGCUCCAGACCAGUACUAUCGUUCGACGCACGUUUCGACACGUCUCCACAUUACAGACUUAUCAAGGAAAUGUUUGUCCACAAUUUCGGUGUGCCUCCAAACGCCCGCAAAAUGAAACCUUUCAUCGAUCAUGUCAUGUCUUUCAGUAUUGUGGACGAUAAGAUUUGGGUUAGAACCUACGAAAUAUCACACAAGGCCAGAAAUCAAGACGAGUACGAGGAAAACAAGGAGCAAAAGGACCAGGAAGAUGUAUCUUUGGUGGAAAUUGGACCACGUUUCGUGAUGACCGUCAUCUUGAUCUUAGAAGGUUCCUUUGGUGGUCCAAAGAUCUACGAGAACAAACAGUAUGUCUCGCCUAACUUCGUCAGAGCCCAAACAAAACAGCAAGCUGCCGAAGAAGCUCGCAGCCGUUCCGAUGCUGCGGUGCAGCGCAAGAUCAAGAGACGUGAAAACGUUUUGGCUGCCGAUCCGUUGUCGAACGAUGUCUUGUUCAAGAACUGA